AUGAAUUCUGUUGCAUCAGUAGGUGAUUUGAUACCGCAGCCGUGCACAUCCUCUGUGUUGUCCGUGUCUUCGUACACGGCAGUGCCUGGUAGCACGGCUACUUCCCGUUCCCGGGCCCUUAAUGUGCAACACAAAAGGGAGAUGGCGAAGGCUACUGUAAAGGAUGUGGAUGUUGUUCACCAAGGUCUUAAGCGCCUGGAAACUCGCAUGCAUGAGUUGGAAUCACGCGUACAGUACGUAAACCCAUGGGUAGUACAACAUAUGUGGGAGUUACUCUGCGAUUUACGUGAGAGGGUUGGAGUGCACUUCAACAUGCAGCGAGAGCGAGCGUGGAUAGAAGAGAUGCAGAACAGUCGGCAUCAACGUGGUAAGGCUCAACCGACCACAGAACCGAAGGUAACCACUUCAUCUCAACGUGGGACAGUAGACACAUCUUCUGCUAUCAGAGCAGGAGGUCUAAUGUCGGCUCCUGUUACUCCUGUGCGUCUCUUUGAUAGAAGUGGAGGUGAGGUAAAUGAAGUCGACACCUCUGUUUCUUCUGAAAGUGAUAAUGAAGAUGAUAAUAAUGAUAAUAAGAAUAAAGAUCAUAAUGAAUUAUAUGAAGUUUCAGGUAGUGGGGAUAUGUCUGAAUUUGACGCCAGAAGUAAUAGAAUUCAGGGAAAGGAUAGAGAUGGAAUCUCGAAUAAGGUAGAUGCUAAAGCUAAAGAUCGUUUGAAAUAUAGACGUCAGCUACAGCGAUAUGUGGAGAUAAUAGAAGAACGGUGGGAAGGUUACCGUAUCGUCCAAGAUGAAUCUACUGCUAGAAUGGAACUUGUUCUAGAAGAAAGUACUUAUCGAAAUCUUCUUUUUUCACGCUUAGUAUCAACCCUGACAACUAUGGUGAGUCAUGGUAAAAAUUACGUCUCAUCGUCUGAAUCUGAUUAUCUUGAGAUGGGUAGUAAUAGGGUACAUCAAGAUGCGAUGCAGCAACAGAUAGAACCCCACUAUAGAAUUAGUAACAAGAACAGUAGAAGUAAACGUGAUUGUGUACGAAGGAAACGUGGUGAUAUUGAUUUUCCAUCCCCUCCGCGUACUGAACUUCCCAGUGGAAUUUCACCAAUUCAAGUUAAAGGAAGCCCCUCAGAGUUUUUUUCACCACAAACUGGAAAUGUUGAUCGUAAUUCCUUACAUGAAGGAAUUAGACAGGAAAUACGAAAUAUUGAAGAAACAGAUGAAUAUAGUGAUACUAUUCAGGAUGGUAUACAAAGAAGACACGCUUACAGAGGUGAUGAUAGUAUAAAAAUUGUUGUUAGUUCACUUCUUGGUGAUGAUAAAUUUAUGCAGCAAAUUGUAGAUGAGGUUUCACGUCGUCUCGCUGCGUUAAUUCAAAAUAGUGAAAUAACAAUUUAUAAUGAUAGCUCACCUUCCCAAUCCCUUCCAUCUGCUCUUCUUUUAGUUGUACGGGAUGCUGUAAAAUCUAUUGCUGGAGCGCAUGACGAAGAAUUUUCUCGUCAGUUGCACGAUUAUCUUACUGAGCAACAGAGGGUACGUGAAACACGAGAGGAAGAACUCUGGCAACGUAUAAUGGGACAUAUAACUACUUGGGAACGACAAAGUACAGCUGCACGUAAGGAAGGUGAAGAAAUGCUCCAGCAACAACAACAGUUUGUUGCACGUGGAAAAGAGGAUGCCGAAUUAUGUGCUGAAGUGCGUGGAGAACUGUUAAAACUUUGUGGAGAGGUUAUGCGCACGGUGGAGCAUAUGCAUGAAGUUUCUCCUGUUGUAACUUCUCCCGCUGCACAUGUGAGUAAUCGCGAAGGUGUCUCUACGGUGGGUCAUGACAGGGAUGACCGACAGAACCGAAUGGAAUUGCGUCUGGAGACUCUCUCCGCUGCUGUAAACGGUCUUUACGCGGAGGUGGAGGCGGUGCGUCGGCGACCGGCCACUCCCCAUCCCUCGCCCGCGGUGGAGUUGAGGGGUCGGCAGACGGACGAGGAGCUGGCAGGCCUGCGGGUGGCCCUCGAUGACGUGCGGGAGGCGGUGGCGAUUGUGGCGCGGCGGUCGCGGGCCGCGGAGGAGCGCCUGCGGGGGGUCGAGCAGCGGUUGGACGAACACCCGCCCGCCGUCCCUCUCAACUCAACUCCUGAUCCGCCACCGCCACCGCCGCCUCUCCCACCGCCUUCCCUCCCCAUCCUCUCCAACGGCAGUGGUGGCGGUGGACAGAGCUCCGCUAAUCGCAUGUCCGUAGAGGAGGCUAUGGUGGACACGCAGCGUGUACUUCUAGCACACAAGGCAAAAGAGACUACCGCUAUAGACCCAUUCGUAAAGGCCGUUACCGCACUCUGUUCUACGCUACAGCAGGUUAACCAUCUGUAUAAUGUGGGAACUGGAACCUUUGGUGGAAGUUUGCAACUCAUCUUUGCAAUGCCUCCCUUUUCCCUACCUCGCACUCUGAUAUCGGCUUGCCAGGCAUAUUUACGGGAACAUUCCGCAGCUGAGUUGAAGGAGUCGUUAAAUGCUCUCGGUAUUAUUUUGGAUGUCUCUGAAGUUCUCUGUGAUUGCUACUACUGGAUGCAGUCACAUGUAUUAGCGGUGGGAGGAGAAUAUGGAGGAUUUCUACAGGUAGGAGGUACAGAGAAGUCUGGUACAUCAUUAUCUUCACUACCAUCAUCAGUACCAUUGCGUACUACUGUAGUGAUGACGUCAGGCAACAUUGUGCCAUCUUCUUGCAUAAAUAGUGGAACCACAACAGAUGCAUUAAAAAAAACUCAGAAAUUUCACUCAAAUUGCAAGAUACCACAAAACAGUAGCUGUGAUAUGGCGGCACAAACAGAACUUCCCACAACCACAACAAAACGGUCAUCAUCAUCAUCAUCAUCGUCGUCAGCAUCAUCAUCAUCUGAGGAAACUAAACCAAGUGACCAUAACGCCUUAAAGUCUAACAAAAGGAAAAAUAAGUAUAUACGGGAAGAAAAGCAAGAACGAGAUGAGAAACAAAUAGUUUCAGCAUCUCCCACACCGUUGGAAGCAUUAGCACUGUCUCACUCCCCCGAUAAAGCAGUAGAGCCUGUAAGUGGCGUUGUACAUCACUAUCAUCAUCAUCAUAAUUGUUUUUCUUGCGAUGGCAAUGUCCUCACAACUUCUUCACAUUGCAUCACAGACGAAGAAAAUAAAUUUACCCCGAAGUCUUGUGCUACUCAUACUACAGGAUUACAGUCAAAUGGAGAGGAUCAGUGGGAAUCAUUGGGUGGAACGCGACAGAAACAAAAGAAGCGCAACACUGUGCAGUACAUGGAACCAUCACUACUUGACAUGAGUGAGUCAUCUGCACCACCACCUGUUCCAAUGGUAAACCGCUCACAUGUGUUUGGGGAUAAACGAGGAAUGGAUGUAAAUAAUUCCACUAAUAGUCCUGGAUAUCCAUUGCUAAAUAUGGUACCAACACCAUCAAUGUACAAUGAAUGUCUUCCAUUACCAACUGCUGUAUCAUGUUUUACGGACCCUGGUCAAGUGACACGUACCGGAGGACAUAAACCCUCAUCUCUUAAAAAUCCACAACCUUUUUACACAGCCACUUUGCAACAGAUACGCAAGUCACAACAUCAGCAGAGUAAUCAAACCCGUAGUAGCAGAGAGACAAUGGCUGAAGAAGGUGGAAAUUUAAAUGGUAGACCUCAAGUAAGGGACAGUGAAUCGUAUGAUACAAUGCGUCGCUCUCCUCAUUUCAGUCAAGGUAGACUUUUAUCUACAACUUUAAGAAAUCGUGAAGAUGUUAUUUCUAAUGUUAUGGCAGCCCAGCUGCAUCACAAACCGUUUUUGUAUCAUGAUGAUAAACCUCUAGCCACGAAAAAAAGUUCUACACGUCGAUAA